AUGCAUUUCGCCAGCCUUUUCAGCACUGCCAUAUUCGCUCUUGCAGGUACUGCAGUUGCAGCUCCUGUUUCAGACACAUACUUCGCAAAAGCCAGUGUCUUCGCGAUCAACAAAGUGGAAAACGCCUACAAAUCAGUCCAGGUUCCCUUGGGAAAGUUGACACACAUGGAAUAUCAACUUACCAGCCUCGAGCUACGUGGCGUCGGGUUCCUUCUCCCUGACGAUCAAAAAGUUGAUCCUCAAGACAUCACCUGUCAGAUGUACAAGGAUGAGUUCGGUACUCAGCCCGGAAGUGCUGCUUUCAACAUGAAGACACCUGCAUAUGUCAGCCUUUUGAAUCCUGUUGAGUUUGGAUGGGUGUUGUGCUACGUUAAUGUUAAUGGCGCCUGA